ACUCUUGCGCCUCUGAACAGCCACAGGGGCAAAGCCCUGUCACCCCCAGGAUCCGGUCAUCAGGAAAAAAGGACAGGCAGGCCAGAAGAGGGCCAGCUGGGGCGAGGGGGUGGACGCCCAGGAAGCAGCAUCUGAGUGGGGCAGGGACCAGGCGCAGGAGGCCAGGGGCACAGAGAACAAACUCCCCUCAGAAGUGGAGAAGAGGAGAGCGGAAGGAACCGAGGGAGGGACAGACGGGAGCCUGAGGAGGAAAGAGGAGGGGGAGAGGGGUCAGGCCAGGCAGCCAAGGAGGAGGCGUGUGGCUGGGGGCUGCCGGCAGGAAGCUGGGGACAGGACUGGACGGCUCGUGCUGUCCCGCGGAGCGGCAUCCCCCGGGGCCGGGCAGAGGCGCCAGUGGUCAGGCCGGGAUGUGUCUCUGAGGGCUACUGCCGAGCGCCUCACCAUGGCCCCCAGCACCCUCUGGAGCUGCUACCUCUGCUGCCUGCUGGCCGCAGCUGCGGGAGCAGCUAGCUAUCCUCCUCGGGGCUACAGCCUCUACACUGGGGGUGGUGGCGGGGCCCUCAGCCCUGGGGGCCCCCAGGCCCAAAGCGCCCCCCGGCCUGCCAGUCGCCACAGGAACUGGUGUGCCUAUGUGGUGACCCGGACAGUGAGCUGUGUCCUUGAGGAUGGAGUGGAGACCUUCAUCAAGCCGGACUAUCAGCCCUGUGGCUGGGGCCAGCCCCAGUGUCCACGAAGCAUCAUGUACCGCAGCUUCCUCCGCCCUCGCUACCGUGUGGCCUACAAGACGGUGACGGAUAUGGAGUGGAGAUGUUGUCAGGGUUAUGGAGGUGACGACUGUGUCGAGGGUCCUGCACCAGUGCUGGGCCCCACACCUUCCACCCCACGCCCCCCGCCCCGGCCUGCCCGCCCCAACCUCUCUGGCUCCAGUGCAGGCAGCCACCUCAGCGGGCUGGGGGGAGAAGGUCCUGGGGAGUCAGAGAAGGUGCAGCAGCUGGAGGAGCAAGUGCAGAGCCUGACGAAGGAGCUGCAAGGCCUUCGGGGGGUCCUGCAGGGACUGAGUGGGCGCCUGGCAGAAGAUGUGCAGAGGGCUGUGGAGACAGCCUUCAAUGGGAGGCAGCAGCCAGCAGAUGCAGCUGCCCGCCCUGGAGUGCACGAAACCCUCAACGAGAUCCAGCACCAGCUGCAGCUCCUGGACAAUCGCGUCUCCACCCACGACCAGGAGCUGGGCCACCUCAACAACCAUCACAGUGGUGGUGGUGGCAGUGGCAGCGGAGGUGGCAGCAGGACCCCAGCCCCAGCCCCAGCCCCUCCUGGCCACAGCGAGGAACUUCUGCGGCAGCUGGAGCGGCGGCUGCAGGAGUCCUGCUCUGUGUGCCUGGCAGGGCUGGAUGGCUUCCGCCGGCAGCAGCAGGAGGACAGGGAACGGCUUCGAGUGCUGGAGAAGCUACUGGCCUCCGUGGAGGAGCGGCAGCGGCAGCUCGCCGGGUCGGCUAUGAGCCGCAGGCCUCCUCAGGAAUGCUGCCCUCCAGAGCUGGGCCGGCGACUGGCAGAGCUGGAGCGCAGGCUGGACGUAGUGGCUGGCUCGGUGACAGUUCUCAGCGGACGGAGAGGCACAGAGCUGGGAGGAGCUGCCGGGCAGGGGGGCCAUCCCCCAGGCUACACCAGUUUAGCUUCCCGCCUAUCUCGCCUGGAGGACCGCUUCAACUCCACCCUGGGACCCUCAGAGGAGCAGGAGGAGGGUUGGCCUGGGCGUCCUGGUGGGCUGUGGCUGCCUGCUGCCCGGGGCCGACUGGAGCAGCUGGGGGGGCUGCUGGCCAAUGUUAGCGGGGAGCUGGGGGGGCGGCUGGAUCUGCUGGAAGAGCAGGUGGCAGGAGCUGUGCAGGCAUGUGGGCAGCUCUGCUCUGGAGCCCCUGGGGAGCAGAACUCUCAGGUCAGUGAGAUCCUCAGUGCCUUGGAGCGCAGGGUGCUAGACAGUGAGGGGCAGCUGCAGCUGGUGGGCUCAGGCCUGCACAAGGUGGGAGCAGCUGGGGAGGCCCAGCAGGCCACGCUGGAGGGACUGCAAGGGGUCGUGGGCCGGCUCCAGGACCGCGUGGAUGCUCAGGAUGAGACAGCUGCAGAGUUCACACUGCGGCUAAAUCUCACAGCGGCCCGCCUAGGCCAACUGGAGGGUCUGCUGCAGGCCCGGGGGGACGAAGGCUGUGGGGCCUGCGGUGGUGUCCAAGAGGAACUGGGCCGCCUUCGGGAUGGUGUGGAGCGCUGCUCCUGCCCCCUGUUACCUCCACGGGGCCCUGGGGCUGGUCCAGGUGUUGGGGGGCCAAGCCGUGGGCCAUUGGAUGGCUUCAGCGUGUUUGGGGGCAGCUCAGGCUCAGCCCUACAGGCCCUGCAAGGAGAGCUCUCUGAGGUUAUUCUCACCUUCAGCUCCCUCAAUGACUCACUGCAUGAGCUCCAGGCCACCGUGGAGGGCCAGGGUGCUGAUCUGGCUGACCUGGGGGCCACCAAGGACCGCAUCAUUUCUGAGAUUAAUAGGCUGCAGCAAGAGGCCACAGAGCAUGCUACAGAGAGUGAGGAGCGCUUCCGAGGCCUGGAGGAGGGACACACACAGGCUGGCCAGUGCCCCAGCCUAGAGGGACGACUGGGCCGUCUUGAGGGAGUCUGCGAGCGGUUGGACACUGUAGCCGGAGGACUACAGGGCCUGCGUGAGGGCCUUUCCAGACAUGUGGCUGGGCUCUGGGCUGGGCUUCGGGAAACCAACAGCACCAGCCAGACACAGGCAGCCUUGCUGGAGAAGGUGCUGGGGGCACAGGCGGGCCUGGGCAGGCGGCUCGGUGCCCUUAACAGCUCCUUGGUGCUCCUGGAGGACCGUCUACAGCAGCUCAGCCUGAGGGACCUCACCGGGCCUGCAGGAGAAACUGGGCCCCCAGGGCCUCCUGGGAUGCAGGGGCCCCCAGGCCCUGCUGGACCUCCAGGAUCUCCAGGCAAGGAUGGACAAAAGGGGCCCAUUGGGCCACCAGGUCCCCAGGGUGAACAGGGAGUGGAGGGGGCACCAGCAGUCUCUGUGCCCCGCGUGGCAUUUUCAGCUGCCCUGAGUUUGCCCCGGUCUGAGCCAGGCACAGUCCCCUUCGACAGAGUCCUGCUCAAUGAUGGAGGCUACUAUGAUCCGGAGACAGGCGUGUUCACAGCUCCACUAGCCGGACGCUACUUGCUAAGCGCGGUGCUGACUGGGCACCGGCACGAGAAAGUGGAGGCCGUGCUGUCCCGCUCCAACCUGGGCGUGGCCCGCAUAGACUCCGGUGGCUAUGAGCCCGAGGGUCUGGAGAAUAAGCCGGUGGCCGAGAGCCAGCCCAGCCCGGGCGCACUGGGCGUCUUCAGCCUCAUCCUGCCGCUGCAGGCCGGGGACACGGUCUGCAUCGACCUGGUCAUGGGGCAGCUGGCGCACUCGGAAGAGCCGCUCACCAUCUUCAGCGGAGCCCUGCUCUACGGGGACCUGGAGCUUGAACAAGUGUAGACAGGGCGCCAGUCCGGCCCGCCCGAAUUAUCUAUACCGGCGAAAGAGCCAGCAGGGGCGGGGCUCCCCAGGGACCCGCCCAGGACGGGGCGCCAUCCGGGACACCCAGCCUGGGCGAGCCGCCGCGCCGGGACCCGCCGCAGCGCAGGCGCCCGGAGCGCGCCAGCUCGGGGACUCCCAGGUCCGCGUCCAGACUUUGGUCUGACCGCCGUCCCCUCCGGAUCCCCUCCGGGACCCGGGUUGCGGGGGAGCCGAUCUUCGCACCUUUUGCUCCCUCAGCCGGCGCUCUGGGCCGAGUCCCCGGGCCGCCGGGCUUCCCCAGCGGGCGCCGGCCCCGCACCGCCAUACUAAACUAUUCAGGAAUAAAGACACUCGGUUUUUUCUAAGAAAAAGAAAAAAAGUUCUGCUCCAGUACGUGGU